AUGCAGAUGUUCGUGACACAGAAAAGUGAAUCGAGAAAGCGAAAACUUCAGAUGAUGGAAGAUGAUGAAAUAGACACAGCCAAAGCAAUAGGUUUGUGUGCCGUCCGAGCCAAACGACCCAGAAAGGAAAGAAGCCCAGACGAACAGAGGAGUUCCUCGUGGUGGAGACAUGGCUACCAAAAUUGGGACGACAGUGCGUUCAAAAAACGUUUGAGGAUCGAGCAAACCAAACCAAACCAAAAUUGGGACGACAGUGCGUUCAAAAAACGUUCGAGGAUCGAGCAAACGUUUGUUAAAUCGAGCAACGUUUCAGUUUAUUCUGGCGAGAUAGAGGCCCAGCUAAUCAAAGAGCCAAGUCGCUUCAAACCUGUGCAGAUAACUCCAGACACGCAGCUUGCCAUUUGUUUGUCUAGCUCAGCCCAUGAAUGCACCUACAACACAGUAGGAGACCUGUUUGGUGUUGCUGAAUCAACCGUGAGUGUCAUUUUUAACCAAGUAUGUAAGAUACUUGUUUCAACUCUCUACGACAGGUUUGUGUACCUACCCAGAAAUAGUGCCGAAUGGAAGCAAGAGCUUGAAAGCUUUCUUGAAAACUGGGAAUUUCCCUGCGUAGGAGCCUGGGAUGGUUUCCAUGUUUACGUCAGCACGAAGUUGAAAAAUUAUUUUAGCUUCAAGAAGAGAUAUUCGGUAUCCAGCUUGGGAUUCAUUGUGUCUAACAAGAGGUUUCUGUGGGCAGCCGUGGGGGCUCCUGGCUCUACCCACGACUCAAGGUUCCUGAAAAGUUGCGACCUCUAUGCUGACAUUCGACAGGGACGGAUUUUCCCUAGUUCUGUGCUCAGAACAAGGGAGUAUGGAGACAUACCAUUCACAACGGUCGGUGAUUCAGCAUUCCCACGCAACACGUGGCUAAUGAAGUCGUACAGUGAAAGUACAAGAGACCCAAGGAAACGCUACUUAAACAAGAGACUUUGCUCGGGUAGAGUUGUUUCAGAGCAUGCUUAUGACAUGUUAAAUGGAAGAUCGAGCAUCCUUUGCAAGAAGACAGAGUGUAAACUAAAGAACAUCAGGCAAGUCAUCAUGGCCUCCAUUGCCUUGCACAAUAUACGCAUUGCAAGGGAUGAUCCAUGA